GACAUGAGUGUCAGCUGAAGUGGAUGAAGGAGGAUCUGAUAGACCGCCAUGCUAAAACUGCUCGAAAAAUUAUCUCCAGCAGAGUGUCCUAAACUCCUGCACAGGGUGGUGGAUGGGCUCUGUGGUCGAAGUCUCCCAAAGCGCAUGGAGUAUGGGGAAACAUGGAGUCUACUGGAGUGGGGAGAACUGAUCAGCUCACUAACCAACAUCUUCCGAGUCGCAGUUGGGAAGAAAUGCUCAGACCAGGAGGUACAGGAAAUGCUGGGAGAUUUGGAAUCUGUACAUGCAGAGGCUAUUUUGCAGUGUGUGCAUGCCAGGCAAGAGGAGAUCAAGCAAGCACUUGUGGACAGAACCAACAGAAUCUGCAGUUCACAACUAGAUGACUUCAACUGGCAGCUAAAACUUGCAUUAUCCAGCGAUAAACUGUCAUCCUUAAACACUCCUUUACUGAACCUCUGUCUUGACCUGACGGAGAAUGGAAUCCAGAGAGCUGUAACCAUAGAAAUGAACAAAGAAGAGCUAAACACACUCAUCACCACAUUAGAGGCAGCUAACAAGGUGAUGCUGCAGAUGAAAUAAACUGGAGCUGUCACUGUGCAAGGACAUGGAUCAGGAGCGAGGAAACUGCUUUUAAAGGACACUGCUACUGUGCAAACAGAAAAAAGAAAGACAAGGAUGAAUGUGUGUAUCUGAAUUUGUGUGUAUUGAGCCGAGCACAUGAGGAGGUCGCCUCAGUAAAUAGCUGUGACUCAGUGCCUCCGUUGGUUGUAUGGUGUUGACUAAGGCUUAGAUCAUUAUGUUUAACCGCAUUGGAAGCGGACUGAUAUAACAAUAUUUGCUUCAAUUUUCUACAUUUCAUUUGAAAGAGACAUCAGUAGAUUGGUAUGUAAAAAUCUGCACCUUCUUCAUGCGUUUUUAAAAAUGAAAAAAAUCAGACAAGCCAUUUCCCUGUUCUAAAAGGUGAAUAAAUAUGGAAGAUGAUGUAUAGAAUUGAACACUGUUCAAAUGAGCGCAUGUCAAUUACUGAAGAUUGAAAUGAAUGCACAUUAACCUAGUCAAAGCUCCUGGUAGAUAAACCACUGCUCAUUGAGGAGUAACAGAUAAUAAUUAAUGUGAGCAGAGCCUGUAACAGAUAAUUAAUGAGAGCAGAGUCUCUCUGAUUAGAAUUUUCUUCAUCGUUUCCCUUCCCUGGUCUAGCCGUCUUUCGGGUUUCAAUUAAACUGUUAGUUUGGUUAAUUUUCCCUCCUCUAAGGAGAACCCUGGCUGUAUGAGUAUGUGAUGGCGAAGGAAUUGAUUAUUAAAUAAACUACUUUUUUUUUUUUUUACUAUUCUAUCCCUUCAGCAAUUUGCCUUAUGCUACAUAGUUGAGCUACUCAGCCAAAAAAGCUUACUCUUCUCAUUCCCACUGAAAAUCUGUGGGGGAAACUUAAGGCACUCUUUUCCAAGGGCUCUUAAGAGGUACUGUAUAUGUUAAAUUAUACUCUGAUGAUGGGAAAAAUUUAUAUACUAAGGAAGGGAAACGGCAUUCGACAGACACAAGUGUCUUCUAAUAUGUUUUCUCUUUAAAGCUACAACAAACAAAUCACAAUGGCACUAGUUUGGUGAAAUAUUUUAUUUGAAUCCUUCAAGGUUUCUCAUUGUUUAAGAGGAUUCUUAAGAACAACUGUGCUUGUGUUCAUAACACGCACACAUACAUACACGCUCAUUGGUCUCACUUGUGUACCGGUAGCACACAUCCUCAUCAGCACGGGAGCACAAAGAUAAAAAGCAUGAAUUCAGUUCACUAUGCUAUAUAAACAGCUUUAAAUGUUUUAAAUGAGAACAGCAUUGCCUUUAAUCAGUUUUUGGCCUUUGCUGAAAACUCCGGUCAUCAAGCAUUUCUACUGAAGUCUUAUGUGUAUGCAUUGUGUAUGUUGUGUUUAAUCAGAAAGUGUACAGACAUGUUGUAACUGUGUGUGUGUGUCUGCUCUGGAUCAUGUUUCAAUAAUCUCUUAUUGACUUAAAGAGCAGAGGUACAGUUACCUCACUGAGAAUUAAUUACAUGGAUACUCCUCUCCAAGUCAAAGAUUGUCACUGAUAUACUGGAAUGUUCUAUUAGCUACUAGCAUGCCUAUGCAAUAUCUAUACUUUUAACAUAUAGCAUCUUAAAAGCCCAACUAACCUUGUCAAUAUGGAAACCUUGAGUUAGAUUUGAGUUAGAAAAGUUCAUUCACCGCAGGUUUUCUCUCUUGCUUACUGCUUGACCCUGUCAAAUAUCACAAUUUUAUUUCAAAGGCACACAUUAAGCCUGAAGAAAUAACAGCAGGUUGGUUAGAUCCUGUCUGCAUUUUGGCCUUUCUCUUUUGUUUUUGAGGUGAUCCUGGGUACCACACAAGUCACAGUGAACAUGUUAAAUAUAAAGCUUAAUAUAUGUACAAAUUAAGGGUUGACACUCAAACCACAGGGUUGUAAAGAAACCAGAACCCAGGCUGAAUUCAUUCUGAGCUUGUGGUGGUUGAACUGAGACGUUUUUACCCAGUGUGAAGCAGGGAAUUUAAGUCGAAUCAUGCAUUUAUGAAUAUUGUGAUGUCUUUCAGUGUCUCUUUCUUCAGCCUUUUAAUUUGACACAAAAAAAAAAAGACUUGGCUGCUGUGCCAUGUUAAGAGUAUACAAUAACCCAUGGUAAUGUUUGUUAGUACAAGAAAUUAUGACAAUGACUUUUUUUUUUAAGUACCUGACUUCUUAAUUAAAGAAACAUACUUUUACACAG